GCAAAAAACCCAGCUCCUGCGUCACGUCCUGGUUCUGGGUCUGACGUGUCUAAAAACUGUUUUGCACUAGUGGUGGCUCCAACUCGUGGGGGGUUUACUUUCAAUUUAAGUAUUUUUGGUUACGUGGUGACAAGAUGCUAGAUUUCUUCACCAUCUUCAGCAAAGGGGGGAUAGUGCUGUGGUGCUUUCAGGGAACCGGGGUCCCCGAGUCCUUUACCGGCCCCGUCAACGCGCUGAUCCGCUCCGUAAUCCUGCAGGAGCGAAGUGGAAAUAAGUCGUUCACUCAUGAGGCCCUGAAUCUUAAGUAUAAACUGGAUAACGAGUUUGAGUUGAUUUUUGUGGUGGGUUUUCAAAAGAUCCUCACGCUGACCUAUGUGGACAAGUUAAUAGAUGACGUCCAGCUGAAUUUCAGGGACCGUUAUAAGAAUGAACUGGAGCAAAAGGGAGCAAUGAAGCUUCUCAACCACAGUUUCGAGUUUGAGGGUGACUUCAAAAUGCUUCUUCGAGAGGCAGAAGAGGGCAGCAAAGCUCGGAGUCCCGCACCCAUGCGCUCUUUUAAGGAGUCCGAAAAAUCCCAAAAAACUGUGAAGUCAAUGAUAGAAAUAAAGGGUGGGGAAAAAGAAAAGGAGCAGGGUAGCAAGAAGAGCAAGAAUACCAAAAAGGAAGCAGAUCAAGGCAAAGGCACGUCUUCUGCCCCGAAGCUGGUUGAGAAUGGCAACCAUGGCCUUACUGCUGAAGAGAUCAUGCAGAAGAAGAGAGAAGAGUUCUUUCGCAAGCGCACAGCUGGGCCUGCUGAAAAAGUCAGUAAGUCUCCAAAGCCUCAGAAGCCCAGGGAGAAACAGAGGCGUGUUUGGGACAUGGGUGGUAGCAGUACCAAGGACCUGGACUACAGUGAUAAGAAUGGAGAGAGUUCUCCUAAUGGUUGUGACCAAAACCAGGAUGCUCCUAUUGAUGCUGGGGUGCAGCUAAACUCCAUGAAGGGAGAUUUGCCGUCUGUGGAAUGUGAUUCUAGUGACGACGACGAGGAGGAGGAGGAGGAAGAAGAAGAGAGAGUGGUUGUCAAUGCAACAUUGAAGACAAGUGGCAAGAAGAGCGGUGGUUUUGGGGGCAUGUUUGGCAUGCUGAAGGGACUGGUGGGCUCCAAGAGUCUGAACCUGGAGGACAUGGAGCCAGUUUUAGAGAAGAUGAGGGACCACCUCAUUGCAAAGAAUGUAGCAGCCGAAAUCGCCUCACAGCUUUGUGACUCUGUAGCCAAAAAACUGGAAGGCAAAGUCAUGGGCACCUUUACCACUGUUGCCUCAACAGUUAAGCAGGCCCUGCAAGAGUCGCUGGUGCAGAUUCUGCAGCCCAAGCGCAGGGUGGAUAUUCUGAGAGACGUUAUGGAGACGCAGAGCCAGAGGAGACCUUUCGUCAUUACCUUUUGUGGUGUCAACGGGGUUGGAAAGUCCACCAACCUGGCAAAGAUCUCUUUCUGGCUCAUCGAGAACGGUUUCACAGUGCUGAUUGCGGCCUGCGACACGUUCCGCGCCGGGGCGGUGGAGCAGCUGAGAACCCACCAGCGCCGCCUGAACUCGCUGCACCCUCCGGAGAAGCACGGAGGACGAACAAUGGUCCAGCUCUAUGAGAAGGGCUAUGGGAAGGAUGCUGCUGGAAUUGCAAUGGAGGCCAUUGCCUAUGCUCGCAACCAGGCUUUCGACGUGGUGCUGGUGGACACUGCGGGGCGUAUGCAGGACAACGCCCCCCUCAUGACAGCGCUGGCUAAACUCAUUGCUGUUAACAUGCCUGACCUUGUGCUAUUCGUCGGUGAGGCUCUGGUGGGCAACGAGGCAGUCGAUCAAUUGGUAAAGUUCAACCAGGCUCUGGCUGACCACUCUAUGUCUGACAAACCUCGCCUCAUCGAUGGCAUCGUGCUCACAAAGUUUGACACCAUUGACGACAAGGUUGGCGCGGCUAUCUCCAUGACCUACAUCACGGGCCAGCCAAUAGUGUUCGUGGGCACCGGGCAGACGUACAACGACCUCCGCAGUCUCAACGCCCGCGCAGUGGUCAGCGCCCUGAUGAAGGCUUAAGAAGGCUGCACGCUCUGAUCUUUGUCAUCAGACAUUAUGAGGAAGCCAACGCUGCCCCCUGCUGAAAGCCUGUGCUACACUCUAUAUCUCGUGUCCUGUCUUUCUGUUCAGGACACUAUUCUCCCAGCUUUAGGCCGGCCUGAAAGGACGACGGUGCAUUUGAAAACCACACAACCAGAGGAGCCUCCCUUUUUCUUUGACACUCAAUGAUUUGGGCCAAAUUGAGAAGUACCUCAUCAUUCGCAUGAGUUUUGAAUUAUUGCUCCUAACUAAUGGACCUUGGUUUACCCAGUAAGAACUAGUUUAACUACAAAUAUCUGGCAUUUUGUCAGUCAUUACCCCACCUAAAUGAGGUCAGGUUGACAGCAGCUGCCUGUGCCUGUGCAAUGCUUAGUGACCAUAGUGCCUAUUUGUCUCCUGUUGUCAUGGUUGCCUCUCACAUCAAGGACAUAUGGAACUACUCCUACUCAAGAGGAAAAGAUGGAGUUGGAAUUGGUUGACGGUCUUGAAUUGGAUUUAAAUAUACACAUCAUCUUAAAGUGAGCCAUAUGGCCCAACAGAGCAUUUGAUCUGGCCCACCAUGCAAUUCAAACACCAAACACAACUUCAGACAAAUCGUUAUUAGAAGUGCCAAAACAUUGAAUUCACAAAUGCCCCAAAACAUUUCUUGGAUUGCGGUCACAUUUCUUCCCCCAUAAAUGUACUAUGGCCCCUGAUAGGAAAGAGGUUCCCCACUCCUGCUGGAACAAGUGUCUGUUCUAAGUUGAGCGGUACUGCACUGUGUUCCUCACCAGCCUAAUUAAUAAUUAGAUUUAAUCAGAGACACAGAAAUACUUUUUGUAAAUGAAUGAUUGACAUGACCCGUUUCCCCCAGAAUGGUUAUUUGUGUUCCACUUUUUUUUUUUUUUUCUUCAUUCAUAGGAGGAAAGAACUCAAACAUCUCCACCCCAUGACGUGCAGUACUGCAAUUAGAGAAUCUAAGGUUAUUUAUGAGAAUGUAAACAUUUCUACAUAAAGCUGUUGUACAAGG